UCUUUGAUCCCGUAGCAAACUACCAGACUUUUAAAACGUACUCCAAGACCAUAUAUUUCGACCAUAACCAAUGUUAAAUGGUGUGUAUUGUAACAGUCUUGCUGAGAGAAGUACGCCACUACUAAUGAUUCCAGGGGGGAUCAGUUUUGCACACUUUGGAAAUUCCAGCAGCUGUAAUAGCAAGCCUCUGCUGGUAAGAAGCAGGCUAUUGUGAAAUCCUAAUGAUUUGUAGUUUAUACACACAUGUCCUCUGGGGAGUUGGGCGCCCAUCAUGGAGAUGUACCAUUCAUUUCUCAUUUUCCUGGUCGUGAUUCUUGUCAACUUGUUCUCAGACACUCACUGUGUGCAGCAGGUAGCAUGCAAAUGGGGACCUUAUGGAGAUUGGUCAGAGUGUGAUGGCUGCACCAAAACACAGGGGCGCACCCGUUCUGUACAGACCUUUGCUCAGUUUGGGGGAGCCCCGUGCACAGGACAGGCCACUCAGACUCAAGAGUGUGUCCCCGCUAAAAAGUGUCCCUUGGAAUCCGGCUGUGGAGACAGAUUCCGCUGCUCCUCAGGCAAGUGUGUAAGUGCUUCUCUGGUAUGUAAUGGUGACCAUGACUGUGAGGAGGACAGCCUAGAUGAACAGCGCUGUGAUGAAGCCACCAGUAACACUGUAUGUGAUGAGCAGAAGACCCCUCCGCAUUCUGAACAUAGUGGGCUAGGGUAUGACACAUUAACGGAGAAGCUGAGGGCCCCAGUCAUUAAUACCAAGAGUUUUGGUGGUCAGUGCCGGAAGGUGUUCAGUGGCGACCACAGGUCUUAUUACAGACUCCCUCAAAGUAUCCUCAGGUACACCUUUCAGGUGGGGGCUGAGAGUGACUUCAGCGAGGAGCUCUACGACAGCUCCUGGUCUUACAUGAAGCACUUUGAGAAAAGGCACAAGAUUAAUGGUGGUCAUGAUCAUUACACGUCUCACUACGAGUUAAAGAAAGACAAGUCUUACAAACUGCUGAUCAUUAAGAGCGAGGUGGAGGUUGCCCAGUUUCAGAACAACGCUCCCCGAUACCUCCCUCUGUCUGAGGAGUUCUGGAAAGCUCUGUCGGGUCUGCCCGUCUCGUACGAAGCCUCGGCCUACCGCAGCGUGCUCCAGAGGUUUGGGACCCACUACAUGUCCGAGGGGUCGCUGGGGGGCCGCUUUGAGUUCCUGCUGGAGUUGGACUCAAGCUCGUACUAUGAGCAGAGCCAGACUGUGGAAGACUUCCACAGAUGCAUAACACGAGUAAAGAGGAUCUUAUUUUGGAAAAAAAAGACAACGAAAUGCGACAAAGUAUAUAAUACUCUGAUCAAAAAAAAAGUUGAUAAUCCAUCGAGGUUUUCAAUCCAUCCCAACAUUGCUGGAGGGUAUCCGGCAUAUGCAGAAGGUCUGAAACAUCUGAAUCUCAAUGACCCUGAGGCCAACCACAACAUGUACACUAAAUGGGCUGGAACAGUGAAGUCCUUUCCUGUGGUCAUCAAGGAAAAGCUGAGGCCUCUAUACGAGCUUGUGAAAGAGGUGCCAUGUGCAGGAGUGAAGAAGCUCCACCUCAAGAGGGCGCUAGAGGAGUAUCUGGUGGAGCAGGACGCCUGUCACUGCAGGCCCUGCAACAACAACGGGCAGCCGAAGAUCACAGGCUCCCAGUGCUCCUGUUUCUGCAAGCCGGGCACGCAUGGCCUGGCCUGUCAGGGCGGCUCCGUCGUCGGAGGGCAGCCAGGUGUCAUUGAUGGAGGCUGGUCUUGCUGGUCUACCUGGACAGCUUGUUCAGGGGGUCAAAGGUCAAGGAGUCGUUUGUGCAAUAAUCCCUCGCCAAGGUCAGGAGGUAUGCACUGCAGUGGAGAGGCUGUGGAGAAGCAACCCUGUGAAGACCCAGAUAUGGACUACCUUCGGAUGAUGGAGCCCCACUGCUUUGACCCCUCUGUUGUCCCUGUGAGGUCUUGCAAAGCUCCACCUGCCCUGAUCAAUGGCUUCGUACUGACCCCUAAAGAUCUGUAUGCAGUGGGCAGUAAGGUGGAAUACUCCUGUGUUGAUGGACACUACCUCCAAGGGCAGAAGAUUGUUGAGUGCACAGACGACCUCACGUGGAGGAAAGGACAGAUGGAGUGCAAAAAGACAGCUUGUGAUGCCCCUCCUCUUCAGCAAGCUGUGAUUGGCUCCCCUGUUAAACCCACCUAUCAGAUUGGCGACCGAGUGUCCCUGAGCUGUCCUGAUGGGAUGCAGAGAGUGGGGGAGUCUGAGGUGGCCUGCAGCUCAAGCCUCAUGUGGUCUCCCCCAGCAGACAGUGUGGAGUGUCGACUAGUCCCAAAGACCACCGUCCCUCCAGCCUUGAGGUGUAAACCCUGGGAGAAGCCGGGGAAGGAGCAGUGUGUGUGUAAAGCUCCAAAUGAGUGCGAGCAUUCUUUCCCAGUGUGUGUCUCCCUGCGGGCAGACAGGAUGAGCCCGGUGGGCGUGUGCAAGCUUGGCGCCCUGCAGUGUCUGGGCAGGAGUUACACCUUAGUCAAUGACAGCUCAUGUGACUGGCCCAAACAGGACUUCACCUCCUGCGAGGACUGCCGACCUUGGGAGAAGUGCACGGGUCAAGCCUGCGUGUGCAAAGAGCCCGAGGAGUGUCCAGAGGCCGACAGCCUUCUGUGUGUGGCUCUGGGAGAUGGCAGUGCGCCCACCACCAUGUCGGAGUGUGAAGUGGGCAUGCUGAGGUGCCAUAGCGAGCCCUUCGUCGUGUCCAGUAUUGGAGCCUGCAGCUCCUGAAGCUCCUGCCAUGGUCGCCACUGGACCUGGUCACUUCAUCCUGUUUUGAAAGUUGUUUGUUUUUUUAAAUGUAUCCAUCAUGAAAUGUAUGAACUAAAUGCAGCAUUAUCAUCAUAUGCUGGUAUACAUUUUAAUAAAAAGAUCACAUGAUU